AUAAAUUAUAACAAACGUAGUAGUUUGCAAAGGGUUUUAUAUAUUCUUUCACUUUCUUCUCAUUUCACACCAACCAUGAAUAUGUUUGUACUAAACACACAACAUUCCUAUUCACUUUUUCUUCUAUUUCUGGUAUCUGUCGCACUGUUUUCAUAUUCAGUUCAACCCAUGAGAUUUGAUUUACCACCUGAUAAAGCAGGAAGAUGCUUCUCCGAAGAGAUAACAAAGAUCAAUUCAAUGGUAAUUGGUAACUACUCAAUCGUAAAUUCCAACCAGGACCCCGCUAACCACACUAUGACAGUUCAGGUUUUUCCGCCCAAAGGUGUUUACCCGUAUCAUCUGGCAGAGCAUGUUCAAGCUGGACAGUUUGGAUUUACGGCAUAUCAAAUUGGUCAGUAUGCAAUAUGUUUUAUGGAUACAACUGAGGAUCGCCAAGCAACAUUCUCUGUUGAUUUUGAGUGCAGAACUGGAGUUGCAGCAGCAAAGGGUCACCACAAGAAUAUUGCAAAGAAAAGUGAUGUUGUUUCGAUGGCAUUUGAGGUACAAAUGAUGCAUGAAACUGCCUUGGCCAUUAAAGAGGAGAUGUCUUAUCUUCUUGAACGAAAUACAGAAAUGACUGAACUCAAUUGGAUAACUGAUAAUCGGAUAUUCGUGUUGAAUUUUGUUUCAUUUUUUGUAUGUUUAUCCGUAGCAGGAUUACAACUAUGGCACUUGAAGACCUUUUUCGAAAAAAAGAAAAUCAUAUAAGUUUUCAUGUUAUUGCUUGAUUAUACAACUUCAUUUUCUUGUGUGCUGUGGAAAAUAAACUUGUGUCAAUUUGCAGGAUACAUAUGAAAUAACUUGUAUUAGAUUGACUUUUAUAAUGGAGAAGUAGUUUGAUGGAAAAUAAUAACAUGAUCGGAAUUAUUGGUA